AUGUCGACAAUCUACAAUUUCAAAACGGUGACUGUUGUCCCCUCAUACAAGGACUUCAUCGACAUUGUUCUUUCCAAAACGCAGAGAAAGACACCAACCGUGGUCCACAAGGGGUAUCAUAUUUCCCGCAUUCGUCAGUUCUACAUGCGGAAGGUGAAGUUCACGCAGAAAACCAUCAACGAAAAGCUCACCCACAUCCUAACCGAGUUUCCGCGAAUGGAUGACAUCCACCCGUUCUACGGCGAUUUGAUGCAUGUAUUGUACGACCGCGACCACUAUAAGGUGGCGCUGGGUCAGGUCGGCGCGGUGCGACACAUGGUGGAUAAUGUGGGCCGUGAUUACGUGCGGCUUUUGAAAUACGGUGACUCUCUCUACCGCUGUAAGCAGUUGAAGCGCGCAGCCCUUGGCCGCAUGGCAACCGCUUGCAAAAAGCUCACGAGCGCUCUGGUAUACCUGGAGAAAGUGAGGCAACACAUGUCUCGACUGCCCUCUAUUGACCCCAACGCCCGAACACUGCUUAUCACGGGGUUCCCCAACGUCGGUAAGUCAAGUUUCAUGAACAAGGUCACCCGCGCGGAUGUAGAAGUACAACCCUAUGCCUUCACAACAAAGUCUCUCUUCGUCGGGCACACGGACUUCAAGUAUGCCAGUUGGCAGGUAAUUGACACUCCGGGUAUUCUGGACCAUUCCCUUGAGGAGCGCAACGUUAUUGAGAUGCAAGCGAUCACCGCACUUGCCCAUCUUCGUGCGUGCAUUCUCUUCUUCAUGGACCUUAGCACUCAAUGCGGGCAUUCAAUAGCCCAGCAGGUUUCCCUUUUCAAGUCUAUUGGCCCCCUCUUCACUGGCAAACCGGUGAUUGUCGUAUUCAACAAGAGUGAUCUGUGUACUUUCGACGACAUUACGGCAGAAGAGCAAUCUCUCGUUAUGACAGCCAUUGAAGAGUGUGGCGCCAAAUGGAUUACGACCAGCACGCUCACUGACGCCGGCGUAGGCGGCCUCAAGACUUUGGCGUGUGAAACGCUGCUUGCACAUCGUUCGGAACAAAAGGAAGGGAGCGGUCGGUUUCAGGCUAUACAAAAUCGUCUCUACUGUGCGGUGCCGCAGAAACGCGAUAACGUGGAAAGACCUGCGUAUGUUCCCCCUUCAGUGGAAGAGAUUCGCCAGCGACUUGCAUCCGGUGAGCCAGUGCGCGAGCGCCGCAAAACGGAACGGGAUUAUGAGUGGGAAAAUGGGGGACCUGGACAGUACCAACCAAAUGAGCGGAAGACAUGGGAUCUAGAGAACCCCGAAUGGGUGGAUGAUAUCAUCCCUGAUAUCAUGGACGGGCACAACAUCUACGAUAACGUAGACCCUGACAUCCAUGAGCGGUUGAUGGAAUUGGAAGCAGAGGAGGACGCACGUCUGCAGGAAUUGGAGUUGGAGGCAUCUAAGAAACGUCCACAAUAUGAGUUACACGAGUCUACUGUCGAGGCUGUUCGUUUUAUCAGGGACAAAAUCAAGGUGAUUAAGAUGGAGAGGGCUAUGAAGAACCCUUCACUACGUCGCACUAGGCGGCAAUCAGUUGCAAUUGAGAAGUUUAACAAGCGAACGGGAAGCCAGGUCGAUCGCUCAGCAACCCCUGGUUGUUCAUCUGAAACCACGAAUUCGUCCGCGAAGAGAGGUCGGUCCUUGUCCGCUGCACAGGAGGCAGUUAUGCGGGACCGUUCAUCUUCGCACAUGUCUACCAAAACAACGCGUGGCAUUAGUUCUCACUCUGCGACUCGCGAUCGCUCACUUAGCGUAAACCGCGGCGAGGGGUACAGAGACGUCAAUGAGAAGCUGCGUGCUGUGAAGCUGAGUAAGGUGGUCGCUCGCCCGCGCAACCUUCAAGCUAAGAAGGGAGAGGGUGAUCGUGCCAUACCGAACCUUCGGCCGAAGCAUCUCUUCACGGGUAAGGUGAAAUCUAACGGCAGACGCGACAGACGCUGA